AUGACAUUUGAUAAGCUGAUGACAAUCUACAAGACACUUGUACAUAUUACACAAGAUGAAAAAGAUCGAUUUGAAACUUACACGAAACAACUUUUUGAUUAUUGUAAUGCGAUAGUGGUACUGAUUCUGAUAACUACGAGUAUCUAUGAUACUGACGAUAGUACUGACACUGAUACAUAUACUGGUACUGAAAUUGAUACUGAUUCCGAUUGUGAUAUUGAUAGUAAUACUAAUUCCAAUACUGAUUCUGAUAAUGAUUUUGAUAGUGAUAGCGAUAUUGAUACUAAUUCUGAUUCUGAUAUUGAUAAUGAUAUUGAUACUGAUUUUAAUAUUGACAGCGAUACUGAUUCUAAUACUCAUAGUGAUACUGAUAUUCAUACUGAUUCUGAUUCCGAUAGUGAUAUUGACAUGGUACUGAUUCUGAUAACUAUGAAUAUCUAUGAUACUGAUGAUAGUACUGACACUGAUACAUAUACUGGUACUGAUAUUCAUGCUGAUUCUGAUUCCGAGAGUGAUAUUGACUGUAAUACUGAUUCUGAUACUGAUUCUGAUAAUGAUUUUGAUAGUGAUAUUGAUAUAGAUUCUGAUUUUGAUAUUGGUAGUGAUACUGAUACUGAUUCUGAUAUUGAUAAUGGUACUGAUACUGAUAGUGAUAGCUAUAGUGAUACUGAUAGGAGUACUUAUAUUGAUAAUGAUUCUGAUUUUGAUAGUGAUACUGAUUCUGAUACUGAUAGUGAUACUGAUGCGGAUACUGACACUGAUAUUUAUACUGAUUCUGAUACUGAUACUAAUACUGAUAGAGAAACUUAUAUUCAAAAGAGAAAAAUUCCAAAGUUUAUUUCUCAGAAGAGGCUCAAUCCGAAUAGGGGUUGA